CCGUCGUUUUUCCAGUUUUUGUUGAGUGUCGGCUAUCGGCGCUACGUCUUCGUACGCUGCGAUGAGCCGUCGACCCGCGCCUUCAUAGAACUCAACUCGGUGCUUGUUAUGUGAACAGUGCAGUGCAGUGACUAUGGCGCGACUUACGGAGGAAAUGGUGAUUGCUCGCACGAAACUGUCGGAUUUAUCCGCAAUAAAGAAGCUUAAUUGCUGGGGCGCGGAGAUCGUGGACGUGAGUCUUCUGCGGCGGAUGCCCAACGUGGAGGUGCUCGCGCUCAGUAUAAACAGGAUCCGGACCUUGAACGACUUCGCGUGGUGCCGGCGCCUGCGCGAGCUGUACGUGCGCAAGAACGAAAUCAACGACCUGCGAGAGAUCCGCCACCUUCGAAGACUGCCACUCUUGACGUCGUUAUGGUUGGACGAGAACCCGUGCACGCAACACCCAGAGUACAGAAUGACAGUGCUGAGGAAUCUACCGAAUUUGGAGAAGCUCGAUAAUGUGCCCGUUCACCCCGAGGAGGUUUCAGAGGCGAUGCGACGCGGCUCGCACAUACCCGACUCCGACGACGAGGGGUACCCACAACAGCCGGAGUACGCGCGGCGGCGCUCGAGCGAGUCGAGUCCCGAGCGCGAGGGCGACCACUUUGCGGCGAGCCACCGCACCCCCCAUGCCCCCCACGCCCCCCACACCCCACACGCCGGCCACGGCUCCAGACCUCAUCGGCUCGAGGGCAGCGACAGCUCAGAGGGCGCGCCAGAACCCCCCGCGCCCCCCGACCACCCCCGCCAGGAGACGUUGCAGUCCCCGGAGGUGGACGAGCGCUACGAGCACCCUGCUGCUUCAGCCACCUCUGCCGGCCCCCCACCAGCUAUGACAAGAUCCCACUACGAGGCGGCGCGUGCGCGGUCGCCAGACGCCGCCGCGCUGCGGCACUCGUUCUCCGCACAGUCGGUCAAGGAGUACUCGUACGCGUCGAACGGCGACUGUCGGUACGGCGGGGGCGCGGGGGAGGCGAGGGGGGCGACGUCCCCUCCGCACUUCCACGAGCCCUACUACGACCGCCCUGAACGGUCGGAGAGUUGCCAGCAAGUGCCGCAGCGCUGCCCCGCCGAGGUGUGGGAGCGAGAGAGCGCGCGCGACCGCGACUCUGCGCGGGAGCGGGACAGAGAAUAUCCCUCCGCCGUCAUGGCCGAGCAUCGCGGGUUCACCAGGAGGCCUGUCACUAGAAACUCGAACCUGCUGUCGGCCGUUCUGUGUCUCGUGAAGGAGCUCGACUACCCCUCGCUCGAAGUCGCCGAAAUGGCCGUCAGGUGCCGAAUGGACGAGCUGGCGAACAGUCAGUGACGCACAAAGGCUGCGCCGACGUCGCACGACUAGACGCCGCCAUCGCACCGAACACGCGUCUACGUAUCGCGGACACUAAAUGCGGCUAGUUGAGUCUGUGCUGCGCAUUUAAAAAAUAAUUUGAAUCCAAAAAACAUUGAGGUAGCACUUUUCUGAACAUGUCAAUGCAGAAUUUCUCUUGAACGAUGUGUUGGAAAUACGACAAGGGUCAUUCAUUGUACUACAUGUUGGUCGACGAUGAGGAACAAAGUUAUGGGAAGGCAUAAGAAUACUCGCUAUACUGUCGAACUUCAUGCUGGAUAGUGAAUGUCUCCCUUUGGCGUACGUCAAGUUGUCGAACACAAAAGAUCCGUCGACGGGGAAAAUGUAGUAACAGAAGUUGAUGUACAUUAAAUAAUAUAAUGUGAUAAAUUCAUGAUGUAAUAAAUAUUAACACGUGAUUGCGAGCAGAAGACGAAGUAUGUUUUGUUGUGUGAAUCUCUUCGUGAAACUAAGAAUCUCUUUGGUAACGUGUUUUUAAAAGGCUGGUGACUUGUUAAGUUACAUUUUAAUUUCGCGUGGAAAAUGUCCACGGGAAAUUAAGCUGUCGAAUUAGAUUUAAAUAUUCACAGGCAAAUCCGGUGGGAAGGUUGAAAAUAAUAAUCAAAAGAAAUUCAAGUAUUUUACUUACGAAGCAUAAUUUU